CCAAACAACAUGUCAUUGAAAUUGGUCUUAAUAUCUUCUUUUUUCGCCGUAACUUUGGCAGCCUACAACGGCCCUUUAGCAGGAGGUCAACCAGCUGCACUAUAUCCAGCAGGAAUCGAUCCUAAAGCUUGUCCCAAUUUCCCAGAUUGUUCUAAUCCGGCUGUCGCCGUUAACCAAGUACCGGAACAACCCCAAUAUCAACAACCUCAGUAUCAACAACCUCAAUAUCAACAACCUCAACCCCAAUAUCAGCAACCUCAGUAUCAACAACCUCAAUAUCAACCUCAACAAUAUACUCAGUCACAAAAACCUCAAUAUUCAGCUGAGAUUCAAAAUGCUUUGAAUCGUGGCGAGUAUAUUGGGGAUGGAGACUACCACGAUGAAGGUCUUGCCGAAGCUCUAGCUCCAGGAUAUGCCUCUGUACCACAACAAAGGGUUUAUAAUCCAUCUCCAGCCGUGUCUCAGUAUAACCCAGCCGUUUAUAAUCCAGCUCAGUACAGUCAAGCCGGUGCGCACGCUCAGCCUGCCCAAAUUCCAGCCGGCGUCGAUGCCAGAUCGUGUCCUAAUUAUCCUUUCUGUGCUUAGUGAUAUUAUAAAUAUGUAAUUUAUUUAUAUGAUUUUAA